AUGGAGAUAGAAUCACUAAUUGCAAAAAACAACAAGCACAACAAUAGAGUGAUGGUUCUGCAUAAUGCCAAUGGAGAUAGAAUCACUGAUGGUGAAGGGAUUGUAAAUGAAUUUAUCUCUUUUUAUAGGAAGCUUAUGGGGUCAGCAGUUGUUACCAUUCCUCCUGAUAUGGAUAUCAUAAACUCUGGUCCUAUUCUGAAUACAGCUCAAGCCAGGGAAUUAUCUAGGCCAGUUACCAGGGAUGAAAUCAAAUCAGCUAUUUUCUCUAUGGCUGAAGACAAAGCUCCAGGUCCUGAUGGGUACAAUGUUUCUUUUUUCAAAUCUGCAUGGACUGUUAUUGGAGAAGAGGUCAUUGAGGCUAUUGAGGAGUUCUUCAGUUCUGGAAAACUGCUUGGUAUGGUCAUGAUUGGUUGGAUAUUGGCUUGUAUUACUUCUCCAAGUUAUUCUUUAUCUCUUAAUGGUUCUCUUCAUGGCUAUUUCAAAGGCAAACGUGGCUUAAGACAAGGAGACCCCCUUUCUCCUUAUCUGUUUAUUCUAAGUAUGGAGUAUCUUUCAAGGAAGUUGAGGGUGUUAAAGAAUGACAGGCUCUUUAAGUUCCAUCCCAAGUGCAGUCAGCUUAAUAUUACUCACCUUAUAUUCGCAGAUGAUCUCCUCCUGUUUGCAAAGGGUGAUGUAUAUUCAGUACAUAAAUUGUUUCAAUGUGUUAAAGAGUUUAGUGCUGUAUCUGGACUGGAGGCAAAUCCAGAAAAGUGCUCUGUUUUCUUUGGUGGUAUAGAUGAAUCUGUCAAGUCUUCCAUUAACAACUACUUGGGAUUCUCUAAAGGUGUUUUACCUUUCAAAUAUCUGGGAGUUCCUCUCACAACUAAGAAAUUGUCUCACAUGGACUGCAAUGCCCUCCUUUCAAAAAUCUCAGGGCAAUUUCAGAAAUGGUUGAAUCAUGGGGUUUUGUCCUAUGCAGGUAGAUUGCAAAUAAUAAAGAGUGUAAUACUUGGUGUUCAAAUAUUCUGGACAUCAAAUUAUAUUCUUCCAGUCAGUGUUCUCAAGGAAAUGGAUGGGUUAUGCAGGAGUUUCUUGUGGGGAAAAUCAGGUCAGAAUCUCAGAAUCCCUCUGGUUGCAUGGGAGAGAGUAUGCAUGGGGAGAAAGAAAGGAGGACUGGGAAUUUUUUCAGCUCUUAGUUGGAAUACAGCUUCAGCUCUGAAAUGUAUUUGGGACAUUCAUGUUAAAAAGGAGUCUCUGUGGAUUAAAUGGAUUCAUGGAGUCUAUUUAAAGCAUGAGGAUAUCUGGCAGGUCAAAGUGAGGGACAAAGCUUUGGUUUUGUAUGGUGGAGUGGACAAUCUGAAAUGCCUGAUCAGUUCUUGUUGGAAGGGUGAUAAAAUAAAGCUAUCUGCACUAUAUUAUGCUAUUCAUCCUACCGCAAAUGAUGUGAUAUGGGUUCUCACUCAGGACAGACUUCAUAGGAGAGGAGUCAUCAAUGCAAACACCUGUAUUCUCUGCUCAAGUGCAGCCAGUGAAACAAGGAACCAUCUGUUGAAGGGUAGGGGAUUAAAGCAGCAGUUCAAGAAAAUGGCUUUGACUACCUCUAUAUAUUUUAUUUGGAGAGAGCGGAAUUUGAGGCUUUUUCAACAGAGGUCUAGAAGUGCUGGUGAUUUGGUUAGAGAUAUCAAGUUUGAUGUCCUCACUUUCAUCCUCAACACCCCUUCAAUUGCAAUUGAACACUGA